AUGUGCAGUCGCAACACGCGCACGGAGCAAGACGAUGAUGCUGGGAAGAAAGGGCCAAUACAGGCAAUGGGAGACGGGUAUCCGAUCAAACGUACCUCUGUAGUUUUGGAUUGGACAAUUGACGGAUCGAGUGGGAAACUGCUCGGACGAGCUUGGUCGGCGCUGGAGGAUCUCCGUGUCGCUUAG